GUAACGUUCGACAAACAGUGACAGUGGUCGUACAUGGAAGAAAAAGUUGGCUCGCUGAUUGCUAUUUGUCAUCAUCAUCUCCUUAUCGAAAUUAUUAAAAAGCCAGUGAUUUCUAAUGCGAGUGAAUCGUAAUUGAUGUGGUCAGGAAGUGGAAUUUAGUGCUUUCCAUAGAAUAGCAGAGAUAAGUAUCGGUACCGGCGGCGCCAUGUCGGACGAAGCCUACCCAAAGACACUGUAUGUGGGCAAUCUGGACAUUUCUGUGCAGGAAGACCUGUUGUGCGCUUUGUUUUCGCAAAUCGGGCCGGUCAAAGGAUGCAAGAUUAUUAGAGAACCCGGAAACGAUCCGUACGCUUUCGUUGAAUUCACUAAUCAUCAGUCUGCAUCAACCGCAUUGAUUGCCAUGAACAAGCGUGUGUUUCUUGACAAGGAAAUGAAAGUUAACUGGGCCACCAGCCCGGGAAACCAACCGAAAACAGAUACCUCGAACCAUCAUCACAUAUUCGUCGGUGAUCUAUCGCCAGAAAUUGAGACUGACACCCUAAGAGAGGCCUUUGCUCCGUUUGGAGAGAUUUCCAACUGUCGAAUUGUGAGGGAUCCCCAAACACUGAAAUCGAAAGGCUACGCCUUUGUCUCAUUCGUGAAAAAAGCUGAAGCUGAGAACGCAAUCCAGGCCAUGAAUGGCCAGUGGUUGGGAUCCCGAUCUAUCCGCACCAAUUGGUCGACCAGAAAACCGCCACCCCCUAGGGCAGAAAAGCCCAAUCAAAGCAAAAAGCAAAUCACAUUCGACGAGGUCUACAACCAAACCUCGCCAACCAACACCACAGUCUAUUGUGGCGGCUUUGCAAGUGGCUUGACUGAUGAUCUCGUUACUAAAACGUUCUCUCGUUUCGGAGCGAUCCAGGAUAUUAGAGUAUUCAAAGACAAGGGGUAUGCGUUCAUCAAGUUCGUGUCAAAGGAGAGCGCAACCCAUGCGAUCGAGAACAUCCACAAUACGGAAAUCAAUGGGCAUACAGUGAAAUGCUUUUGGGGCAAGGAAAACGGAGGACUAGGCCCUGAUGUGAACGCCCUUAGUGCGACAGGAGCUGCUGUGUCCCAGGCUCCGCCUUACUCCUAUGGAUAUGGAACUCAAUAUUGGUAUCCUCAAUCUGGCGGUUAUCCGCCCGGCACUGCAGGAUACAUGCAGGCUGGCUAUCCCUAUCAGCAACAGUACCAAUAUCCAGGCGGGCAGCAGUAUUGCAUGGUCCCCCCACAGGGCCAAUGGUCCGGACAGGCCGGACAGCAGCCCAGCAUGGGUGUCAUGUACAAGUACCCAUCUCAGUGAACUAACUUACCAACCGAAAUCCACACGUGCUGCAGAACUCUUCGAACUGUUUUAGCAGUGUAUUAAUAAUAUAGACUUUGAAGUUUGCUAAUUUAUCAAUACAUUCAUUUAGUUAUAUCACACAUCUGAGUUGAAACCUUCAAGCGAGUUUCGUGAGUUCAAUUUCUAUAAAGAUUGACUUACGGUUGAUGUGCUGGCGCUAGUUGAUUAAGAGGGUUCUAAAAACGGGAACUUGCUCGUUGUUCCCUACAGUCCCUUGUUGGAACUGAGGGCUUUCGUCCCAGGAGUACUGUGUAUUCGCUUUUGGAAGUAUGUUUCUAGGAUUUCCUGUUAAUCGUUGUGUGAUAAAGCGACUCAUUUCUCUAUCGACCUCUUUAACUACGGUUUAUUUCUGUAAUAGUUCAUUCUUAACUUGGGCUCUAUGCAUACAGUCAGCCUGACGAUGUGAGUUUCCCACACUGUAUGAAUGUCCAGAUUGUAGAGCAUGUAAAUUGGCUUGCGUAGUUUGCAGUUACUAUACACUUAUAUUUUGUGGACACACCGUUUUGUACACAUUUGGCAAUGUUUGCCUGAUGUGCAACCAGAUGGUUUAAGCUAGCUAAGGAAUCUAAAAUUUGAAAGGAUGAUCAAACCGCGCUCGGUUUGACCAAAUAUUGAAAUUUUGUAACGAAAUGUAUAUUAUUGAUAGUUGUUAAUAAAAACUAAGGUCUGGGAA